AUGACCAUUUUCAAACUUCUAUUACGUUUCUAUGAGCCAACAUCCGGUACAAUUCGAACUGAUGGUCGUCCAAUUCAAGAGUACAAUCUCACAUGGUUGAGACAACAAAUUGGUGUAGUUAGUCAAGAACCGAUCUUGUUCGGCACGACUAUCUAUGAAAAUAUUCUCUACGGUAGCAAUCAGAAGAAGGAAGUAUCGAUGAAUGAAAUAGAAGAAGCAAGUAAACAAGCGAAUGCACAUGAGUUUAUCAUGAGAUUACCAAAUAAAUAUUAUACAAUGGUCGAUGAACGUGGUAUACAUUUAAGUGGGGGACAAAAGCAAAGAAUCGCUAUUGCUCGAGCACUGAUCGGUAAUCCAAAAAUAUUACUCUUCGACGAAGCAACAAGUGCGUUAGAUAAUCUUAAUGAAAAAAUUGUACAAGAAGCUAUUGACAGCGCAUGUAAAGGUCGCACAACGAUUUUCAUUGCUCAUCGCUUAUCAACCAUACGAAAUGUUGAUUGUAUCAAUGUUAUUAGUAAAGGACAAAUUAUUGAAAGAGCUAAUCAUAACCAACUAAUUUUAAACAAACAAGGUCAAUACUAUCAAACAGUUCACACACAAAAUUUACAAGAUGAAGACAAUGUGGAUGAUUUAUUGAUUGCGAAGGAACCGUACGAACAAGAAAGUCAUAGCACAAAUAUUCCCCGCCAUUUUAGCCAAGAAAGUAUUGAGGAUGAUAAAAAUGAAUCUGCCAAAAAUAUAAAUGCAGGACAUGCGGACUGGAGAUGUAAAAAUAAUCACGAUUCAACCGAUUUGAGAUGCCCAACUAUUAAUACCUUUCGUACCGAAUUAACAAAGUCUCUGUUAUCUUCAUCUACAUAUGACAACAAUAAACAACAGCAACGACAACAAGGAUUUGUACGACAGAAUGGUAUUAAGGAGCUCCCACCAUUGAAUGUAAACACAACUCAGAAUACAUGGGGGUGGAGGGCGAAUGAUGAAGUAUAUAAUCGUCUGAAUCGACUCGAUCGCGAUGUCAGGGAUAUUUCUGAUCAACUGAAGUAUUUAUUAGAUAUAAAUAAAAAGCAGCUUGCACAACAAAAACAAAUAACUGAAUUAACCACGUCACAUGCAGUACUUAUUCAUCAAAAUAGUCAAAAAUUAAUGUCUCAACAAGUUGAGGUUACUUUUUUGGGUGAAACUAUCGAAAACUUUCUUAUGCCAAUUUAUCAAACGGUAUUACAAGUGCUACCAAAAUUAAUCCAACAAGAAUCAAUUCCAACUACUUCAAUUGAAUCUCUAGCUCAACGAUACGAUUAUCAUUUAAAUGCCUUCUCCGAGUGGAAAUUACAGUAUAAGGAUAAAGAAAUGGAAAAAGAGAAAAUAGAAAAAAUGUCACAAUUAGCAUCUUAUGUCAAUCAAGAUAAGAGUCUUGUAAGAUUCUUAUCAGAAUCUUAUAUAAGAAGUGGCACGAAUGUCAUAAGAAUCAGACGGCAUCGAAGUAAAAAAGAACUGAAACGGCGAAAAGAACGUCGGAAACAACAAGAACAACAGCAACAGGCGUAUGUUACAGAUGAGGUAAGUGAUGAGAAUUCGGAAGCUAGUGACCGUAAGGUAGGUAGUUUUUUUGGUAUGGACUGGGCUGCUGUAUCUCCUGCUGUUCGAUCUGUUGUCAUCAAUCCACAAGAGGUUAAGGCUGAAUUGAAUGAUUUUUCAGAUUCAAGUUUGUCCAAUCAAUUUUUUGAUGAAUCAUCCGAGUCAGAAAGUGAAGAUAUUGAUCCUCGCUGGACUGAUGAUGUUGUGAGAAGCAAACUGAAAUCUAUCCAUCCCUACACAAAUCUUUCAACAUUUGAUUUUUGUCUUCAGUUUUUAGCUACGGCUCGUGCCAGCCUACUAGACAAAAGUACCAUAACACGUUUGCUGUUGUUUAUGUCCAAAACAUUUCCUCACCCAAACAAUGUUCCACGUUCAUUUGAAAAUCUGAGAAAAAUUGUACCUAUUCGAGCGUCUUUUUCCAAAAGUGUUGUUUGUUCUUUAUGCUGGACAGAGCUUGUCACUCAGAAUUUUUGUCCCUGUUCUGCUAAACGUAAACUUGAGAAUGUACAAGAAGUCUACACUAUUGAUGUUAAGAAAGAAUUAUCAUCUGUCGUACAAAAAGCUUGGCCGUCUAUAUUUGAUUAUGAGGCCAAAUCGGAAAAUAGUCCUGAGUUGUGUGGUAGAGAUAUUGUGACUGGCAGAGCGUAUCAAGAAAUACUCAAAAAGAAAACUAAUCACACCCUCACAUUAUUCUUUAGUGGUGAUGGCGUUCCACUUUGUGUCAGUAAUUCAAAAGCGGCGUGGAUUUUCUCUGCUGGAAUUGUGGAAAUUCCACCCACUUUCCGCUAUUCAUUUCAAAAUAUGCUUCUUCUUCAAUUUAGUAUUGGGUUAGAAAAGCCAAAUGUCAAAGUGACAUUAGACUCAACAAUUGCUCAACUUCUUCAUCUCAGACAACAUGGCUUGACUCUAUUUUUAAACCAUCAACAAACAAAAUUUGAUAUACAUUUUCUGUUUUUUACGGCCGAUUCUCCUGCUUUGUCUCUCUUUUCUAAUUUCAUAAGUAGUGCGGGUCUUUCUUCUUGUUAUAUUUGUGAAAAUCAUGGUGUUUACGAUUUCCAACUCAAAAAGGUUGUUUAUAAGGCCGUUGAUAAUCCACUUCGUACUCUGAGACAAUAUUAUCAGGAUGCUUCGAGCGCGGCAGAAAAAAGAAGACAGUCUCGUGCCAAAAAAGAUCCCACAUGCCAAGGUGUUAAAGGAUUUUCUGUGCUCGAGCCGCUUUUUCCCAGGCGACUAAUUCAUUGUCUAAGACCUGAUUAUAUGCACAGCACGAUAAAGUGUGUUUUUGAUUCUAUGUUAACUAUCGUUCUUCAAACACUGCCGAAAAAUAUCGUCGAUGUUAUUGAUAAUCGUUUAUUAAGUGUUUGUUUACCUCAUGACUUUAGCAGAAAAUUACGUUCUCUGACAUAUCGAAAUUAUUAUAAGGCCAACGAGUCAAGGACGUUGCUAUUGUAUGUUUUCCUUCCAUGUUUAGUUGGUCAAAUAGAUAUUGAAUUGUUUGCUCGUAUCUGUCUAUUUGUUUGUGGUAUUCGUCUUGUUCAUGGUGAUACUCUUGUUCUUGAUAACUCGAAUGCUCUUGCUGACAAUUUUUUUUCUUUGUUUGUUCUAUCAAAUGACGAUGAGUUAAGUGGAUUAGCAAAUUUAUCUCUUCAUAUUCACACACAUUAUGGAUUUUUGACUAACCAAUUUGGGAGUGUGAACGCAACUAGUUGUUUUCCGUUUGAAGGAUUUUUACGUUUGUUUAUAAGAAACAAACAUGGUACAACUUAUUUUGGUGAUCAGUUGAGUCUUUACCAUGAUAUCGAUCGUUAUCUUUCGUCUGUUGAUGAUACUCUUUUUACUUCACCAGAUCCGUUGACUGUUCAACCUCUUGAUGUUUUUGUUGACGAUUGUUUAGAACAACAAAUUGCUCAGUUUCAAAUAUUAAUAAUUCGACUAAUGAUCAACCAUUUAUCAUCUGAAGCAUUACCACCUCGUUCAAAUCGUGGACAAACAAAUAAAUAUGCUGAACAAUCAAUAUUGUCAACAUCAUCAUCAUCAUCCAACAUUUAUUGCUUAGUACAUUUUCCAGAAGAACAAAUGUAUACGUCAAUACUCAAAUCAAAAAUAACAGCAGCCACUGAUAUGAAAAAUGUUGGUACAAUUAAUUACCAAGGUCAAAAGCAUUUAGUUGUUAUUUUACACGAGGGAACUCAAAAACAAAUGGAAAAAAGGGCAAAAUUAUUUGAGCCUGUUAUGGCAACAACGAAUGAUGAAGAUGAAGCUUUAGAUGAAAAUCAACUAGAAAAUAACGAACCAACAUCUGAAAAACGAAAAUCACAUGAUCAAUCAACAUGCGUUUAUCCAGAUGAUCGAACAACAUCGAAACGACGAAAAAUGUUAGAUAAGACAAAUGAAAUGCUUAGUGGUGAUAAAAAUCGUUCAGUUAGACCAAAUCAAUGUGAUACAGAACAUGAAGAUCAAAUUACAACUGCCCGCGAACCGGACAAACAACUUGGUGGUCUCCACAGCGACAGCAGCGAACAAGAAGAAGAAACUCAACUCUCAACUUCACCACCACCUCCUUUCAUCGGUACACUUUCAACAAUUACCACAACAUCAAUAAACCAGCAAAAUCGAGGACAACAAUCAACCAGUGGUUCAGGUUCAUCUGAAGAAUCAUCAUCUGAAGAUGAAGAGGAUGAUGUCGACCAUCACCCACCAUCACGUGAAGAAACAGAAAAUCGUCAACACCCUGCUGUUUUUACAGAAAAAAAACGGAAAAUUAAACAAUCAUUUGUUGAUACUCAAUCAACAAAAAGAAUUUGUGAUCAAUUGAGAGGUUUAAGAAAAAGCAUUCAUAUCUUGAUACAAAAUCAAACCACAAAAAAUCAUCAACAUAUUGAAGAACAACCACUAAUAUGUGAUGGAAUAAAUUUAUUUGAAAUUCCUGGUUCAACACCAAUGGAAUUUGCACGAAAUAUUUUUGCCGAAUUAUUUACAGUUGAAGAAAUGAAAAACAAAAAAUUACCCGGCAACAAAAAACUAAGAAAGUUAGAUCUAGUUCAACUGAAUGAACAACGACUCGAUGUUGAUAAAAUUACCGCAUUAAAAUCUGCUAUUCGUGAAAAAUUUGAAUUAAGGCCAAGUGUAUUUGCCGAUUUAUGGAAAAAAACGAUUUAUAAAAAAUUAUCGCAAAUUUGUAUAGAUAAACGAAACAAAUAA